GGGUCGAAGGUGAAGCAUUUGAAGACGAGGCAGUGCACUGAAAAUGGUGAGAUUUUUGGUUUAUUUAAUUAAAUUUUGAUGAAAUUCUUGAUUAGCCCAAGCGGUAAAAUCAGUUAAUUUGCUUCCAUCUUCAAAGUUCUGGAACUCCCACAGCCAUAAAAGUAAAUUCUGUAUAUUCUUCUUCUUCUUUUCCUGUUUUGAUCAAGCUUUUGAUUGAUCAAGAAAAUGGGGCAAUCAUCGUCAAGGGAAGAAGAAGUAUCGCCUGAGCUGCGCGAAGUACAAUCGCUAGCUGCAUCAACUGGAGCUCUUCCCUCUCUUGAAAAGACCUUUUCCCUUCUCUCUGAUCCCCAAACUAAAUCGAUCCCCAUCCAUUCUCUUCAGAAAUGUUUCGAUUUGACUUUUGAAAACUCAGAAUCUGAACAAGACGAUCUAUUUAAGGAAGCUCCCCUGUUGUUUAGUCAUCUUGGUUCUGCAAUUAUUGAUCUUUUUUUCGUGGCCGAUAAAGAUGGGGUGAAUUGGAUUGAGUUCUUGAAGGGUUAUACAAAAUGUUGCGCAAGGACAGCUGCUUCGACAUCUUUUAAUAGUUUAUUCCGAGUAUUUUCUGCCGCGUGUUCAAAAGCUGGGCUCCCGAUUGAUCUCCAGUUUGAGAUGCACGAUGAUGAUGAUUUCAAAAUUAAAGGGUCGUUUUCUUCUCGUGACAUUCUCGUUCUUCUUUGGUUCUGUUGGAUUUUUUCAUGGGAUUCGAGGGCUUUUAAAUCGAAAAAGAGCAGAUGGAAAUGCAGUCUACCUGAUAUCACUCAUUUGGUUUUAUCGGCUGUCGAGGCAUGUGCUGAAGAUUGUCGUGACUCGAUUUUCUGGGACUCUAAUGUUUCAGAAUUGGAUAUUAAACUUUCUGCUAUGAAAGUUCAUUUAUGGGCUCUGAAAAAUCUGCCAAACCUUGCGGAUUGCUUUGUACAAUUUUUCCAUGCUAGGCUUUGCUAUUUCACUAUCCAUGAGGUUAAAUCAGAGCAAUCAUGCUCUUCUACUAGUGAAAACUCUUCAUCAGCUACUUCGAAAACUAAUCUUUUGACACCUGGAAGGGCUUGGGCCAUCUCACUAACCUUGAGAGGUUCUGUACAUGAAGAAAUAUCAAAAGCUUGCUUCCCAACUGAUCUUGAUGAAGCAAAUGAAAUCCUACUUUAUAGGUCAUCUGCUCAUGGGAAAGGACUUAAUCGGUUUUGGUCAAAUGUUGAGGGGUAUAAUGGUCCAUUACUAGUACUUGUUGCCGCAUGUGAAGAACAAAAUGAUGCAAGGAGAUGGAUUAUCGGUGCACUCACCAAUCAGGGUUUUGAAAACAAAGAAGUAUUUUACGGAACUUCCGGAAGCCUUUAUGCAUUAAGUCCCGUUUUUCAUGCAUUACUAUCAUCUGGAAGGGAGAAGAACUUUGUGUAUAGCCAUUUGCACCCGAGUGGUAAGGUUUAUGAUGCCCAUCCAAAGCCAGUGGGAGUUGGAUUUGGUGGGAAUAUUGGAAACGAGAGAAUAUUUAUGGAUGAGGAUUUUGCGAGAAUUACUGUGCGGCAUCAUGCUGUUGAUAAAACAUACCAGCAUGGAACUCUUUUCCGCAGUCAGGGAUACCUACCAGUUGAUGCCUCGGUUUUAGAAGUAGAGGUGUGGGGAUUAGGGGGCAUAAAUGCUCUCAAGAUUCAAGCUUCUUACAAGAAGAGAGAACAACUUUUUACAGAGCAAAGGAGAAAGAUUGACCUGAAAACAUUUGCCAAUUGGGAAGAUUCACCUGAGAAGAUGAUGAUGGACAUGAUGUCAAAUCCAAAUCAAGUCAAGAGAGAAGACCGAUGAUUAUUCUUCGUGAAACAGAAAAGGCGGUUAAUCAAUACUGUUAAUACGUAUGUACUCACACUGAGAGAUGUAUGUUUCUCGGGCUUAUUGCAUUGGACAAAAACUCACUUAUGGGUUCGUUUCAUAUUCAGUAAACGACAGAACUACGGCUUCUAAAUAAGGAACUUACUCCUUUGGAAAUGUAUUUGUUUUGUACAAAAUAGUCCUUUUCUGUACACUUCUACGGGUGGAACACUUCUAUUUGAAACAAAUUUAACUACUGUGAUGUGUUUUUUAAAUUUUGACACAAAAAGAGCUAGACCAUUAUUAGAUUCCUACACUUCAUAUGAUCUUAAAUGGUG